GCGAUGGUCGCAAGAUGGCGGCGCUGAAGGAGGCUCGGAGCUACGGGCUGUCGUGCGGGCGAGUGAGCGACGGCAGCAAGGUGUCCGUAUUCCACGUGAAGCUCACCGACAGUGCCCUGAGGGCCUUCGAGAGCUACCGCGCCAGCCAGGAUUCUGUUUCACUGAGACCUUCGAUCCGAUUUCAAGGAAGUCAGGGGCACAUCUCCAUCCCCCAGCCUGACUGCCCCACGGAGCCGCGGACGUUCUCCUUCUACCUCUCCAACAUCGGCCGUGACAGCCCACAGGGCAGCUUUGACUGCAUCCAGCAGUAUGUGUCCAGCCAUGGGGAUGUCCACCUGGACUGCCUGGGCAGCGUCCAGGACAAAAUCACAGUGUGUGCCACCGACGACUCCUACCAGAAAGCGCGGCAGAGCCUGGCGCAGGCUGAGGAGGAGACACGGAGUCGAGGCGCCAUCGUCAUCAAGCCCGGAGGCCGUUACCUGGGCAAAAAGGUUCAGUUUCGGAAACCGGCCCCGGGGGCAGUGGAUGCUGUGCCCUCCCGGAAGCGGGCGACCCCCAUCAACCUGGCAAGCGCCAUCAAGAAGACCAGCACUGGCAGCGUUAGCGGGGGCAGCGGGGUGUCUCAGAGGCCCUUCCGUGACCGGGUGCUGCACCUCCUGGCGCUGAGGCCCUACCGGAAGGCUGAGCUGCUGCUGAGGCUGCAGAAGGACGGCCUGGCCCAGGCGGACAAGGACGCACUGGACGGCCUCCUCCAGCAGGUAGCCAACGUGAAUGCGAAGGAUGGCACGUGCACGCUGAAGGACUGUGUGUACAAGGAUGUGCAGAAGGACUGGCCCGGCUACUCGGAGGGGGACCAAAAGUUGCUGAAGCGGAUGCUCAUCCGGAAGCUGUGCCAGCCACAGAGCACAGGCGGCCUCCCUGGGGACCUUGCGGCCAACAGUCCUCCAGGCGAGCAUGGGAGCUCGGCCUCACCCCCUCAGAAACGGCCACAGCCUCCUGAUUUCAUCGACCCUCUGGCCAACAAGAAACCCAGGAUAUCGCACUUCACCCAGAGAGCUCAGCCUGCAGUCAACGGGAAACUGAGUGUGCCCCACGGCCGUGAGGCCCUGCUUCCCACCCCGGGCCCACUGGCUGGUACAGACGCCCACCUGCCCCUGCGGCUGGAGCCACCACGGGCCCACGACCCCCUGGCCGAUGUCAGCAACGACCUGGGCCACAGCGGCCGGGAUUGCGAGCGUGGGGAAGUGGCCGCCCCAGCACCUGAGUGCCUCAGCCUGCCCCUGCUGACGGACUGUGCCCAGCCCAGCAGGCCCCAUGGCAGCUCCUUGCACGGCAAGUCCAAGAAGAAAUCCAAGAAGCACAAAGACAAGGAGAGGGCGGCUGAGGACAGGCACCGGCCCCGGCCGCCAGACCAGAUGCCGGGGCCCCUUGGAGCCCCACCAGUUGCCCCGGGUUUAAAUGGGACCUGCAGCAGCUCAAGUGUUCCCACGUCGACCUCGGAGACGCCCGACUACUUGCUACUACUCGUGGGCAGAUUUUACAGGAGUAUCGAAAAAUCAAAAAGACCAACACCAACUACAGCCAGGAGAAGCACCGCUGCGAGUACCUGCACAGCAAGCUGGCCCACAUCAAGAGGCUCAUCGCUGAGUAUGACCAGCGGCAGCUGCAGGCCUGGCCUUAGCCCAAGGCCACAGGGCAGGAGGUCCCACCCAGCCAGCCAGGCCAGCUCACCUCACCGGGCUGACCGUUCUGGAUGGUGGGGGAGCUGGGGGCGAGGGGGAGCUGGACGAGGAAAAAAGAGAUUUAUUUGAAAAAAUAAACGUGAGGAAGACGCAUUCAUCUGAGCCAGGAACGCCGGCUUUCAGGGGAGUCCCUGCAGCCCUGGCACCCACAGGUCACACAGACCCAGGUGGGGUGUCCAGCUCCCCCGGGGCCCCACACACCUCCUGAGCAGCCUCCCCACCCAGGAUGGGCUCCCCAAGAAGCCCACCUCCUCGCCAGCCACCCCCCGCCCCCCAGGGGCUUCAGCUUCCUGUCAGUGAAAGACUCCAAGGCCGGCCUGCCUGCCCGCCUUUUCUAGUUUUAUACAGACAGCCACUUUUAGCUACUGCUUAUGAGACUUGAGUCUAUUUUUAUACGAAAGAGAAAGCAUCUUUUUUCUAAACCUGUGCCUCCCCUCCUUGGACGCCCAGGGUCUAGGCGCUGCCCUGUGUCCUUUCUAUAGUAUUAACAGAUGCUCGGGAAGUUCGGCGUUGUUUCUGCGAGCUCCAGGGCUCCCAGGAGAGAACCCGUGGGGGGCGGGCAGGGGUGCCUCUCCCACGCUGGUCUCCCUCACACACAGCCUCUCCUUUGCUCUAAGGGGGCGGGCAGGGCAGUGCGACCCCCGCAGCUCUAUUUGGAAAACUCCAGCUGGUCCAGGAGCAGCUGCUGGGAGCCACCAGGCCCACCCUGCUAUUCCAGGCCCUCAGCUGUCAGGGGUCACUGGGAGUUUCUGUGCUUGUAGCCCGCGCUCUGCGGCAACAGUGUCGGAUUUUAUUUUACUGUCUUCUCAAUUCUCCCCUUUGCUGCUGCUCUUCAUUUCGCACUGUUGAGACCAAGUGGUCUCCAUGCUGUUGACCUCGCUCCGCCCCUCAGCCCACUUGUGGGUCCUGGGGUCGUCUUUGCAGAGCCACCACGGGGUUUGCACUCAGG